AUGAUAUUCUCCUUGUUUGUUGCUAUGUCGGUCGCUGGGAUUCUUGUUAGAGGGCAUAAGCCUGACUAUCGAAAACUAAAAGGUAUUGAAAGAACCGGAGUUUUCAAAGCGGACGUCGAAUAUUAUCGUGAUAAAUCUGAUGUUUUCGCUGUGAUAACUUGUAAACCGAAUCCAGUCAGUAACUACCCAACGUGGAUAAUGGUGAAAACUGGGGAACUGCAGAAUCCAAAAAUUGAAAACGGAGUAGUUGGACUGAUACCUCUUUCUGUAGGAAUCAACAUUACUUACGCAGCAAAAUACGAUGGAGAUGGAGAGUAUAGAGGACAUGAUUUCUUGGAAUACAAAUUAAGAAAGUUCAAGCAUGUUGGAUGUUACUUCGGAACGGACAGUACACAAGUUAUUGUUUGA